AUGCUGGUCUAUUUGUAACGCGGGAAGCCUGGUCAGUGUUAGCUAUGAAAAUGCGGUGAUUGUAGACUAAUAAUUGCAAACGGACGCUGUGUACAGCAUGCAUAUGCCAUGUCAUUGUACACGUCUCAUUGGCAAUAGAGCGGGUUGAGUGACGUGCACUGUCCGUGCUUUUUGCACCUGUUCACAUGCUGCUAUCAGCGCGUCGGUGAGAGUCUCAUCUGUGUGUCAGUUGACAUUACAGCAUUAGUCUGUUGAGAAAGAACACGGUCCAAAACCCAGCGUCUUAUUCAAAUAGCACUGUUCAGGCACAGAACAGGACGUCUCCGGCAAUUGUUCUAAGACCGUUCGGUUUAUUCGUUGCAUGGAUGCCAUGUGAACGACCUACACGCUUCUGAAACCAGUAAUUAGGGUACUGAGUUUUUGUAAGGUAUCUUGUCUGAACAUUCGGGGGAAAAAAGACAACGCUUUCCAGCUUGGGUGCAGAUAUACCAAACACAGUACCGGGAUGCUUGGACAGUCACCUCAUCUUAUCGGAGGGAUCCUGUGGAUUCAAAACCCAAUGAGAGCUGUCCACUGCAACCUGAGCCAGAAUGGGAUUGACCACCAGAUGUGCCCCGAGGACGUGACAUCACACCUGGAGGAGGAGCCUCUGGACCCAGGCGCCGGCCUGGACGACAACAGCCCCACCUACCAGGACGUGAGCCUGGGCUACCAGCGCCGCUCGCCGCCGCAGCGCUCCGUAUCUGAGUCCGAGCUCUCGAGGCCGGGGAACGUAAGGCUGUCAAAGCCAGUAGCCCUGUGGACCCAGCAAGAUGUGUGCAAGUGGCUGAAGAAGCACUGCCCCAACCAGCACCAGAUCUACAGCGACUCCUUCAAACAGCACGACAUCACAGGCCGCGCCCUGAUGAGAUUGACGGACAGGAAGUUGGAGCGAAUGGGGAUCAUGCAGGAGGCCCAGAGGCAGUACAUCCUGCAGCAGGUCCUGCAGCUCCGCGUCCGCGAGGAAGUCAGGACCCUGCAGCUACUCACACAAGCCUCGCUGGAGUGUUCACCGUAGCUACUGACGAUCCAGGACACACCGGCCUACAGUACCCAGAAUCCCUCUGGCCACGCCUCCUAACCUCUGACCCCCUGGCCUCCUUGGAGCACCAAUCUCAACUCUGCAGCCUGAUGCCCGCCGCCACCUCCCCCCCAGCAGUCCCCCACCCCAACCACCUCCGCCCCAAUCACCACCUUCCCCCCAACCUCCCCCAGUGAAAUUGAGUGAAAUGGCACAUCAGUUAACUUAAAAUGUAUACUUCUUAGUUACUGUCUGUGAAAAUCUCCAGCAUAGCACUUUACUGUCUGAUUGUAUGUCUGACUGUCUGUAUGUCUGACUGUCUGUAUGUCUGACUGUCUGUAUGUCUGACUGUCUGUAUGUCUGACUGUCUGUAUGUCUGACUGUCCUUCCUCAUGUUACCUCCCCCCCACCCUUUCAUAAACUACUGAGCCAAUGUGUCCCUAUAUGUAGUCUUAUAACGGCCAUUGUACAGACUGCCAGACCCUUUUUGUAUGUCUUAUCUAUUUCUCAACCGAACAUCAGCAGAAUAGAGCAAGAUUUUAUUUCUGCUCUCGCUCUUAUUUUCUUGCUCUGUUUCUCUCUCCCCCACAUUUCCUGUCUCUAUUGUCCUCAUUUAUUCUGUAAAUGAUCAGAGUUUGGGCUCACCUCUU